GAGGAAGAGGUGGACAUGGUGGUCAGGUUACUUGGUACCCAAUGGCGUUGUAGAAGGCAGGGCUUUAAUGGAGGGAAGGCACAGGAGUCUCAGGAUUAUUUAAAGGGCACACAGAAACCACAACAGACCAUUAGUGCUGUUCCUCAAGUUAGUCUGCUUACCUGUCUGUCCAUCCAUCCAUCCAUCCGUCCGUCUAUCUGUCUGUCUGUCUGGCUCUUGGCUGCCAUGUUGGCUCGGGCGCUCCUGAAGACGUCACUCCUGCUGUGGCUGGUGCAGCACACCUUACAAGGAGGAGUCGGACGUCAAGCUGGAGUGCUGGGGAGACUGGCCCCAGGACGAGGUGCUGGUCUCGGUGGUGCUGGUCCUGCUGGAAAGCCUGGAGUUGCUGGUGUUCCUGGGAGCCGUGGCUAUGCAGGAGGAAAGCCUGGAAAAGCCACAUCUGGGCGUUAUCUUGGAGGAUUAAUAUACUUGUCCAGAGCAGGACCGAAACAAGGAUACGGAGCUGGUCUGGGAGGAUACGGUGCCACCCCUAGAGGAGUGGGACUGGGACUCGGGAAUGGCCUGGGAGCGAGAGGAUACACUAAUGGCUACAGAUAUCAGCCAGGUUAUGGUGCUGGUGUUUAUCCUGGUGCUGCACAUGGUGCUGCAGGAGGAGGCACACCUACAGGAAGCGGCACUAAAGCCUCCAAACCGGGAUAUGGUGCAGUACAAGGGCCACAUCCUGGACAAGAGUUUACAAGCAACGGAUUGGGGCCAGGAUUGGUCAGGCCCAAUGGACAGGGCACAAAGCCGUCUAAAGCUGGUAAUGGGGUUGGAGGAGGAUGGCCCAUUGUACAGGGACAGAAAGGCAAUGGAAUUGGUCCAACCCCAGGAGUACCAACCGGACACGGUGCUCUGAGUAACGGGUUCGGUCCUGGAGCAGGAGCAGGACGCAAUGGGAAGGGAGUUAAAGGAAAUGGUUACGGCCCACGGCCAGUCUCUAAUGGAGUGUCUAAUGGAGUGUCUAAGGGACGUAAUGGAGUGCCUAAUGGAGAUUUAAGUAACGGGUUCGGUCCUGGAGCAGGAGCAGGACGCAAUGGGAAGGGAGUUAAAGGAAAUGGUUACGGCCCACGGCCAGUCUCUAAUGGAGUGUCUAAUGGAGUGUCUAAGGGACGUAAUGGAGUGCCUAAUGGAGAUUUAAGUAACGGAGGAGCAGCAUCCCGUGGAAAUGGUGCCAAAACGACUAAACCUGGAGGGUACGGCCUCGGCCCCAGUGUGUAUCCUGGAGCAGGGCUGGCUAACGGCUACGGAGUGGGUCUUGGCCCAGGCUCUUACCCGCAAACUGGUCGAGUGGGCAAACAGGCUGGCUUCGGCAGUGUAUAUGGCAUUAAUGGAUAUGGCGAUGGCUAUGGAGCUGGUUUGGGAGCUGGAGGUUAUGGAGUUCCAGGACUGGGACUGACCACUGGUCUGGGAGCUGGACUUGGAGCUGGACUUGGAGCUGGACUUGGAGCUGGACUUGGAGCUGGACUAACCUCCGAGGCCAAGACUGCGAAAUACGGUGGCGCUGGUCCAGGUGCAGUGAUCGGCACUGCUGCAGGUCAGCCCGUGGUUUCUGCUGGUCUCGGCACUGCAGGCAAAACAGGAGGUUAUGAUGGAGCUCCUUACAUGGGACAGCCAGGUGGCCUCGGAGCUGACGCUCGCCUUGGUCCUGGUGGAAUCCUGGAACCUGUGACAGACUUAGGAGCCGGUCAGCUUCCCUACAACGGAGCACCGCUCAUUCCGGCCGGACUGGACGGUGAUAAUGGCUAUCCGUAUGAAACACAGCAGCUAAGUCUAGGAGGCAACGGAGGUUAUGGAGCAGCUCUUGGGGCCGGAGGUCAAGGUCCAUACGGAGUUGCAGGAAAAGACGGCAAGUAUGGCGCGGCUGGUUACUACGGUAACGGCAUCAAAGGCUGAUUUCCGGGCCUCUGUGGUGUGACCAGUGUGAUGUUUUUUCUUGUUUUUUUUUUUCUUUUGUCCCUCUUUGUGUUCUUCAUUGAUGUGCACGUUUGUCACGUUUCUGUGAGUUUUGUGUGUGUUGAAUUGGUGCUUUUUGUCGAUGUCUCCUACUGUCUCUGUGUGUCCGUGCAGUGAUUGUGAUGUGUUCUGAGUUUUUUUUUUUUUUUUAUUUUAAUUUUUAAAUUUUUAUUUUUUUUGGGCCGAAGGUUUUGUCUCACGCCCUUUCCUUGUCUCUGUAUCUGACUAAAAACUCUUGAGCACUA